AUGAAUUAAAAUUAAUAAAAUAAUUCUAGUGAUGAUGUCAUAUAAUUUGAAGAUGAUGAAAUAAUUGAUUUUAUUAAUAUUGAAUCAAAUACUCCUAAAAUUUGUUAACUUUACAACCAAGAACUCAAAGUUUCAAAUUAAUCAAAAAUUAGUUCUUAAUUGAUUGUUAUUUAAGUAUUAUUUAAUUAAUAUUUUUGAAGUAAUAAACUAAUCAAAAAUAAAAGCAAACAAAAUCUAGCUAAAAAAUUUUAUAAGUAAAAAUAGAAGAUUAAAAGAAUAAUAAUACUUAUGAACUAUAAAAAUUUAAGGACAAUAAUUAUACUGUUUUAUUAGAUUUAUAAGUUGAAUUUGAUGUUGAAUAAUUCUUAAUACAUCCUGCUCCUAAAGGUGGAAUGAUACAAUGUAGAUUGUAUAGGGCUUCUCCUAAAUUUACAUUAUUUUUAGAAUAAUAUAAUAAAAUCAUUUUAAAUGCUGAAAAGAAGUCUUUUUCAAUUAAGGGUAGCUAUAAAAUAUUUGCUAAAGGAAAAAAAGAAUAAUUUUUAGGUAAAAUUAAAGGAGAUUUUAUGGGUUAAAAAUAUAUCAUAUAUGACAAUGGAAAAACAUCAAAAAAAUCAAAAGAUAUAAAUUAGUUAAGAAAGGAGUUAGGAGUUAUCUAUUACUAGCCUUAUAAAAAGAAAUUACGUUCAAUUUAGGUAUUGAAAUUCAACAAAUUAGAUAUUUAUUCCUUCAAUAACUUCUACUGGAUAAUUAUAUGAAUUUAAGAACCAUUCACUCUAUAACUCUAUUAUCAAUAAUUUUGAUAAUGUAAUUGAACUAGUAAAUAGAAAACCUUAAUGGAUAGCUUCAUAUAAAUCUUACGGUUUAAAUUUUUAUGGUAGAAUUUUUAAAAGUUCAAUAAAGAAUUUCAUUUUGACAUAAAGAGGAAGCGAUAUUCCAGUUUUAUUAUUUGGCAAAAAUGAUAGAGAAUUUGUACUUGAUUUUUCUUAUCAGCUAACUCCAGUUUAAGCUUUCUGUAUUGCUCUAUCAAGUAUGGAUCAUAAGUUUGGGUGUAAAUGA